AUGGCGACACCAGCGCCAACAGUUGGAACGCCUUACGGAGAAGAAGUCAAACCCUACAAAAUCCACGUUUCGAGUAAAUAUCUCGAUCUCACACGCCAAAAACUAGAACUUACACGACUGCCCCAUGAGAACUCGGAUCCCCAGUCUAAGCACUGGUGGGAGCCGAAACCCAUUGUAGAACCACUCAUCGACUUUUGGCUUGAGCGGUAUUCGUGGCGAGAGGAAGAAGCCAGACUCAAUGACCUGGUGCCGCAGUUCAGAACGAGCCUGAUCGUGCCUGGCAUCGGCUUCAGCGACCGAUUGCCCAACAAUACGCCCGUGAUCAGAGCGACCGCGGAGCUUUUCGACUCGCUGAUGCACCGUCUCGGCUACAAACACUAUCUGGUGUCCAACACGGGCCCCUCAUCAGAUUCGCCAGCGCAGACGGACUGGAAAUUAGCAAACUGUCUAGCUGAGCAGUUCCAAGGGUCGUGCCUUGGAGCGCACUUUGUCUCGCCCCCGUGGAAAGCACCCAAGCUCCAAGAGGCCCCUUUGGCAUGGACAAAGUGGAAAGUGGUGGGGCUCUUGAAGAGACCGCAACUGGGCUAUUCGGAAGAGGACAUUGCAGCACUACGCAACGAGCAGGUCUCGCAAGCGAGAAGAGCCCGCGUUGCUCAGCUUGGACAGUAUGCGUUUGACGGAAGAGGAUUCCGGGAACCCAACACCCUCUCUUACGCCCUUUGCGAUUCGCCAACGGGCCUGCUGCUCUUCGUGCUCAUGAUCCUGCGGGUUCUCGGUGCCGACAAGGAUUUUUCCUCGCAAGAGCUCAUCACCCUGACAGAAUUGACGUGGCUCCCGGGACCCGAGUCGAUGAUGAGAUUCUGGGCAUACUCGGCGAUACAAAGCGAGGAGGAAAAGAGACCUGCGACCAGGCCGAAAGUCGCCGUGACCGUCUUCGCUGGCCUGGACGAAGCAUCCGGCGCCGAACGCCCUGCCGAGACAGCUGUCCUGCCUCUGCCGGUCAACCACCCUUACGUAUGCCCGGUAUGGGGCAGGUCGAAUUACGACGUCGUUGCGAAGCAGUGCGUGCCCGGCACGCCCGGCUUGAUCGCCUGGAAACGCCCCGAGGUUCUCGUCCACGGCGUCAGGAGGUUGGCAGAGAAGAUCCUGGCCAAGGACACGAGGAUGCAAAUGACCGAGCAGCCCGGCGCUGUCCUGCUGGGGCAAAUUGUCAGUGGGGGCUACGCGCACGCGCCGGCCGAUAUUUCAGGCACGACCGUCCAGGGGACAGAAAGCCCUCCCUUGUCAUCGCCGAAGAAGAUUACAUCUCCGUCCGACCAAUUUCUGCAGGUUCCUGGGCCAGAUGCCCAGCGGCGGACGUCCACGACGCAGCAACCGUUGCUGUCGAGUGGGAGUGUGACAGAGACGAUCAGCGGGGACGAAGAUGGUCAGGAUCACGACUCGAGCCCGGACACGGUCAUUGCGGUGGGCGCUAGAGAUAUGGCGGGAACCGCGUCCCAGUCGAGGACGACGUGA